GAAAAAAUUAUCUGCUAGCAAAGCAACGAAUAGAAAAACUUUAAAAGUUCUUUCCUAUCUACUUGAUGGACGAAAUCGAAGCGCCUCCCUCGUCUGCCCGUGGAGUGGGAAAGCUUGCGGACGCGAUGAAUCCAGCGUAUCAGGGUGAUCACCUCGACCAAGAACUCCUGGUGAACCCCAGGCAGGAGUUGGUCUUGGCAGCGAAGCGGACUGCCGCGUUGCCGCCGUACGGGGGCGUGCGCCGGUUUGUCCCGCAACUGCCCGGCGUCAGCGAGUUGGUGAUCGAUUACAUGAGCGGGUUCGGCAACGACUUCGACUACGACCUGGUUUCGGUGGAGCGCGCCAUCUGCGAGGCCAACGCGUUUUUUGACCGCAAGGAAUACCUGAAAGCUAUGGAUUUCUACGCCGUGGCCUACGAGUUCUUCCGCUUCCUCCCGGACCUGGACCGGUACUUUCCCGUCGCACACGACCUGCUGGUCCGCCGCGUGAUUUGCCUGAGCAUCCUCGGUAAGUUCGAACAGGGGGUCGCCGAGACGAUUAUGGCCCUCGCGGUGUGUCCUAACUCCCCCGUCGUGUACUUUUUUCAGGGCGUGUUGUUUUCGAAAAUGAACGACACGGCGCAGGCCAACGAGGCCUUCCAGCGCUGCGUGCACCAGUCUGCGGACUACCACGAUUUGAUCGACGUGCUCGUCGGGAUUUUCCUCCACAUGGGCGGCUACUACGACCACGCCAUCGCGGUGGCCGGCAAGGUGUUGCAGCGCAAGCACGAUGAAAUUGGGAGCGGGCUGGCGCUGGGAAAUUCUACAACCGAUCAGGACGAGACCUCGUCCAGUAGUUCAUCAUCUCUGGAUGCGAGAUUGGAAAUUUUGGCCCUCAUUCUCCGCGCUGAUUCCUACAAAUUCCACAACGACGGGUACUACGCGCCGCAGGCGGCAGACGACUACAAAACUCUUUUCAGUCUGACCCGCGAGGGUCAACAGCAGGGCGAACAAAAUUAUGAGCACUUCCGCGAGUACUUCGGGCAUGGUUUCGCCUUCAAGAACCAUGAUUUGGUGGAGACGCGUUUUAUCCGGCAGUUCAGCGACGUCUUCGAGAACACCCGCCCGCGGGGGUUCUACGAAUACCCUCUGUUCAACCUCGUUCGAAACUGCGGCGUGCGGCCCAUCGCGGUCCUGGGUCUAGUUUUGCUGUGCUGCGGGAAGUUGCUCCAGCGGUCGAAAACAACACGGCUGUUGAAGCGUCUGGAGCGCGAACAGGAGGAUUUGCGGGAACGAAGGGAGGUGGUGCUACGAAAAAUCGAGUUGCUCAACGCGGCGGAACGGGCGUUACCGGGGAAUCUUCCCAAUGUUGCUCCUGCGCCAGCCUUGCUGAAUUAUGCAGCUCCGGGCGAAAGCGGUGGAGAGGAUGGGUAUGGCGUCGGCCGCACGCGCUUCGGCUCAGGCGAGGACGGGACCAUAGUGUGGGGUCCCGCCGACCCCGAUUUGGUGCACGUCAAACCCUAUCGACGGUACUGGAAAGAACGCCCUCCGCGGACGCCACGCAUAGUCAACAUUCUGGAAGAACAAGAAGAGCCAGCGGACAACAGUCUGGGUGAAGAGAAAGAAACUGCUGUCUCGUCUAAACCUGCCUUCACAGAGCUGGUGCACGACGUUGAUCCUCUGUCAGCUGCGGGCGGUGGUGGUGGAGCCGGCGGCUCUGCGACGUCACCAAGUAAGCGAGACAAGAAAUCAGUAUCACCGCGGUCGCGCCACCGCGGAAACGCAGCGCUUACAGAAAAGAAGUACGAUCCGGACGCGGAAAUGCACGCUGAACUCGCAGAAUUCGUCAGGUUGAAAAAGAUGGCUGCUGCAGACACUGUCGAACAAAAUCCCGACUCCGUUAACGUUGCUGCAACACAGGAGCAAAAGGACAUGGUGUUCCUGGAGGGCGUGCACCAGAGUGAAGAAUCGGCGCUGAGUUUCGACGAAGUGCACAUAGAAGAACAAGACCUUUCCGUGAAGGGCACAAUCGUGGACCGAAUGGAGCACGAACAAGGUCGAGCCGAAGAUGAAAUGGUCACGACGCUUGGUAAAAAUGCCUCGAAGACGCUGGCGUCCACCUCGUCAGCGAGACGUAGACAAGAUGACAGGGCAAAGAAUGAAGAUCCUCAAGAUCGCUGCUUUUUCGCCCAGGGAGAUGGUGCUACCUCCGCGGAUGCAAGCGCAGAGGUCGAAGUGUUUGACGACGAGAUUCUGGAGCUUCUACUCGAUGCAGAAUCGGACGGAGACGGACUUCCAGAGGAGAUCGAUGAAAGUUUUCCUGAACACAACGAUUGCGGCGCACCGAUGUUGAGUGGCAGUGGUGGAAUAAAAAUUGCAGGUCAACACGUGGCGUUCUGCGAGCGGGAGCAGGAGCUGGAACUCUCUAGUACUCCAUGGAGCUUCUACACAAACACGCUUUUUCUCUUCGAGGGGUCACACCAGGCGGCGGACCCUCCUUUCAACCGAACCACGGGGGGCGAGACGACGAGCGAUGCCUACAGCAUGGACGGUUUUGUUCCAGAAGACCAAGAGGAGCGCGGUGCCGAGGGUGGUGAGGGAAGAAGUGCCAGCAGGGAAGAUUUGCUUUCACAGAGCAAAGUCUCCGCACCGGGGGACGAAAACAGCAGGGUAGCCGAUCAUGGGGAGGCGCGACCCGGCAAGGAUGAUCUCGUUAGUGCUGCGGGGAACAACAUCAAGCGGCGCGGGGAAGAAGUGUUUAUGAGCGCAGAGACAGCCGGCGACCGGGCUGCAGAGCACACAUUCAUGACGUCGGCGUCCCGGGCAGAGCACGACUCGCACUUCUUGGAGAAUUACCUCGCAACGGGAGACAUUGAGACGCUGAACGAAACGCGGUACGGAGAGCAGCCGCCGUUUGUGCCUUCGCGGCCAGGCAAAGCGAUUUUGCAGGUGGUCUCCGAGGAUCCCAACAUUUUGGAUCAGCACGCCGUGCCAAAAUCAACCACAGCUGGCGCGAGGACGACUUCGGCGCAGCUCCGCAUGGAGCAAGAAGAGCAGCAGGAGGCACUGCAGCUGGCCUUGGCUCGCCCCGUUGCGCUGCAGCCGCUGCCUGCGCCCACGGGAACCGACUGGUCCGAAACCGACUGGGCGGAAAAGGCCCUGGCGGCGGCGGACGCGUACAUCGAGCGUGAGGGCCUCUCGCCGGUGAAGCAGCGGGUCCCCGAGCCGCGGUCCGCCUCGGUGAACGCACAUCUGAAAAACAGGGCCACGUACGACGGCGAGGAUGUGGUCGACGUGGUGCUUGAGCAGGGACUGCAGACGUUAGAAGACUACUGGGAGGAACUCGACGCGGUAAACGAGAUGACCUGCAUGAGCAAAUGCUCCGCACCGCCUCCGCCCGACAGCACAGUCGGCACGUACUCUGUCACCGACCCGCGCUCUUACGUGCUGCCGCCCGCACAGCGGCGUGGAAGCGGCGCAGGGGCCGGAGGCUCGACAGCUGGGAGGAGUUACUUCGUCAGCGAAGGUGCUGCAGCGGCACGAGGAUCUGCGACGCAGAUGAAUCGCGAUCGGGAGGCGAGACAGCACAUCCAGAGGCAGUUCCAAGGGCGUGUAUUGCGCGAGAACCUGCAAAAUCCAUUGCAGCAGGGCGGGAGGGCAGGAAUGCGGUCGUAAGUUUGAGGGGACGUACCCACCGCGAAUGUUUCAGUGUUGGCGACUGAUUCCGUGCUGAAUGAAGAAUGGCAACUCGUCUGCAUCCUGUCUUUUUUGCAAACGAAUCAAUGAGCUACAACUAGAACUACCACUUUCUUUAUCUUUUCGGCAGCGAAUAUGAAUGUGAAAGCUGCGCUACGCAUUCACUCUUGCGUAUGGACUUUAUCUUUGAACUCUCUGUCGUGAAUAAUGUCUGCGAGCAGUAAAGCAAAAGCCGUGACACUCCUAUUGGAUUUGGAAGCAAAGGUAAUGGCUCGUCGUGUGACUACAGUUGAAGGAGUUGAGGGCAGCAAACCGAUCAUUAGUUUAGGGUGCACACUACCAGCGUCGAUGAAUAAGGAUUUCUGGUCUAGUAGAAGAUGUCGAUGUGUGGAAGAUCCUGUGUACUCUUUGUUCCCCCUAUUCUGGUACAGUUGCUGAGUUUUUUAAGAUCCAUUUCGAGGAGAUGAAAGAUCAAGUGCCC